AUGGAGGCUCUCCUUCGCCAAUCCAAGGGCGUCUGUCCCUUCUUGAAGAAGACCUCUCCGGCAACUUUGCGCACUCUCUCCACCUCCACCCACCAGUCCCCCGGUGGCGGCACCAUCACCAAUUUGCAAUUCAUUGCUCGAAGAUGCCCUGUCAUGAACAAGGCUCUGGCCGUUCAGAGCGCUCGCAUUGGCUCUCAACGUAGCUAUGGGAAACUUGCCACUGGCACUGGCGUCGUCAAGUCUCUUCUGGAGAAGAAAUUGCAUACCUCGGCAGAGAAGAAAGCCAGUGUUGACACCAACAUGUUCCGCCCUGCCCAGCCAGCUCCACCACCCACCAAGGUCCAAGCAAGUGUCAAGAAACCCGACACCUAUGCUGGUCGAAAGCCAACUGCUCCCACCACUCCCCGCUACGACUAUGAAGCGUUCUACAACAAUGAACUCGAAAAGAAGCACAAAGACAAGUCCUACCGCUAUUUCAACAACAUCAAUCGUCUGGCCAAGGAAUUCCCUCGAGCCCAUAUGGCUGCGGAGGACGAGCGUGUGACUGUGUGGUGCUCCAACGAUUAUCUCGGCAUGGGUCGCAACAAGCAUGUCUUGAAGACCAUGCACGAAACUCUGGAAAACUACGGUGCGGGAGCUGGAGGCACUCGAAACAUCUCGGGUCACAAUAAGCAUGCAGUUACCCUCGAGAAGACUUUGGCAGACCUACACGGCAAAGAAGGCGCUUUGGUCUUCUCCUCCUGUUAUGUUGCCAACGAUGCAACCUUGGCCACACUGGGGAGUAAAUUGCCCGAUUGUGUCAUUUUGAGUGAUAGCAUGAACCAUGCUUCCAUGAUUCAAGGCAUUCGACACUCUGGCGCCAAGAAACUCGUCUUCAAACAUAACGACUUGGUCGAUCUCGAGAACAAACUGGCUAGCCUUUCCCCGGAACAGCCAAAAAUCAUUGCUUUCGAAUCGGUGUACAGCAUGUGCGGCUCUGUGGCUCCCAUUGAGGCCAUUUGUGACUUGGCUGACAAGUAUGGCGCCUUGACAUUUUUGGAUGAAGUCCAUGCUGUUGGCAUGUACGGUCCACGAGGUGCCGGUGUAGCAGAGCAUCUUGAUUACGACAUUUACGCCGAUCCCAAUAGAACCUCAGAAACUCAAAAGGGAUCCGUCAUGGAUAGGAUCGAUAUCAUCACGGGAACAUUGGGUAAAGCGUAUGGUUGUGUUGGUGGCUAUAUUGCUGGUUCAGCCUCAUUGGUUGAUACCAUUCGCUCUCUUGCACCAGGCUUUAUCUUCACCACUAGUCUACCUCCCGCGACCAUGGCAGGUGCUCGUACUGCCAUCGAGUAUCAAGUCCGUUACCAAGGAGAUCGCCGUCUUCAACAGGUCCACACUCGCGAGCUGAAAGACGAUCUCACCGCACGCGGCAUCCCUGUCAUUCCCAAUCCAUCUCACAUCGUCCCACUACUUGUAGGCGAUGCCGAGAUCGCAAAGAAAGCCUCCGACAUGCUACUGACAGACCACGGUAUCUACGUUCAAUCGAUCAACUACCCGACAGUUCCACGAGGAGAGGAACGACUUCGCAUCACCCCAACCCCAGGCCACACCGCCGAACUACGAGCCGAGCUGGUAGACGCACUCGAAAAUGUCUGGAACCGCCUCGAAAUCCCGCGCGUCGCAGACUGGGAAGCCAAGGGAGGCUUCGUCGGCGUCGGUGUCAAGGACGCCAAGCCCGUGGAGCCCCUCUGGACUGAUUCCCAAAUCGCGCAUGCCGGCACGACUCCAAAACCUGAAGUCGACGAAGCGAUCGAAGACCGCAUCAUGCCCAUCGCGGCCGCGGCGGCUUGA